UCGGAUUCAGAAGGGUCACUGAACGAAAAUUAUACUGGAAAUUAGAAUCGGAUAAACAGCAUGCAGGAGAUUAUAUGGGCAAACUGAUAAACGAGUGUAAGAAGUGGAUGAAAUAAUAUUGUCACAUGAGAAAACCCAGGGCACAGAACUGCGAACAGAAGGGAGAGCACGAUUAAUCCAAGUGAAAGAGGGUUUGGCGAUUCAAAUGCGCUUUGAGAGAGGAGAGAGAGGGACAGAUGAUAAGAGUAAGAGCAGUGUGUGAGAGGGCUACUGCGACACUGUCCUCAACAAAGCACAGAUUUCUAUCUAUAUAAGAGAGUUGGAUCAGAAGCACAUCAUCAGGAUUAAUAAUGGACAUGCUGAGCUCUAGCAUCAAGAGCUUACGCCAUCAAAAGUCAUGGCAGACACAAACAGGACAGAGGUCAGGAGGGAAAGAGAACAUUUCCCUCCCGUCGGCUUUACAGAAGGAGGGGCGGUGGAUGGGAGGAAAAGGAGCACAUUAUAAAAAAAAAAAAGAGGCACAUUAAAUGAAUUCUUCAGAGGAUCUGAUCAGCCAUGCGUUUGGUCAGCAUGCAGCAUCGUGUGCGGAGGGCAGCAGAAUCAGAGGAGGAGCCCAAACCUGCUCCACCCCCUCUGCCCCCUCCCUCUCACCACUCCCACAACUUCAUAAACAUGAAGAACAAGUUUUUCAAUGAGCUUGGCCAUCUACCUAACCCCAAGAUCAAAAUGCCCAUGUGGGCUAUUGGUGCCAUAGUUGUGGUCGUGCUUGCCCUGGUUGGCUGCUUUGCUUUCUGUAUCUAUAAGAAGUGCUUGGGAGGGAAGAAAAAAACUAAAAAAGUCAGAGAGAGGAAGGGAGGACGAAGAAGGAUGAAAAAGGAAGGAGAGGAAGAAGCAGGCGAGGUACAACCUAAAGAUGGAGAGGGCGAGGGAGAGAAAGAAUAUUAUGGCAAGCUGGAGUACACUCUGGACUAUAACUUCACUGACAAUCAGCUCAUUGUCGGUGUCUUGCAAGCCCAAGACCUUGCUGCCAUGGAUAUGGGUGGAACAUCUGACCCAUAUGUCAAAGUUUAUAUGCUACCAGACAAGAAGAAAAAGUUUGAAACCAAGGUCCAGCGCAAGAAUCUGUGUCCUGUUUUCAACGAGACAUUCAUAUUUAAGAUCCCCUUUAAUGAUCUAGCAGGACAGACUCUGGUCCUGCAGGUGUUUGACUUUGACCGCUUUGGUAAACAUGAUGUAAUUGGAGAGAUCAAAAUCCCUAUGAACAGCAUUGACCUGGCCCAGCCCAUACACGAAUGGAAAGACCUGGUCGGAGGACAGAAAGAGGAACAAGAAAAGUUGGGAGACGUCUGUAUCUCCCUGCGCUAUGUGCCCACCUCUGGUAAGCUGACUGUCUGUAUCAUGGAGGCCAAGAACCUGAAGAAGAUGGACGUGGGUGGUUUAUCAGAUCCUUUUGUGAAAGUGGUUUUGCAACACAAUGGAAAGCGUAUCAAGAAGAAGAAGACAACAGUUAAGCAGAACACACUGAACCCCUACUUUAAUGAAAGCUUCAGCUUUGAAGUCCCCUUCGCUCAGAUUCAGAAGAUCCAGGUGUUGCUCACUGUCUACGACUAUGAUAAACUGGGAAGCAAUGAUCCAAUUGGGAAGUGCUGGAUUGGGUUUGGUGCUAGCGGAGUGGGUCUGCGCCACUGGUCAGACAUGCUGGCCAAUCCCAGACGACCUGUGGCCCAGUGGCACACCCUUCAGCCUGAAGAGGAAAUAGAUGCUGCCCUUAAAGCACCUAUCCGCUAAAUAUCUUAUCCACCCUCAACAUAAAGUUUUCAGCACACAUCAGGCAAAAUCAUUUAAAUUUCAUCCGUCCUUUCACGGAGGAGUUUCUGUCUGUUACGUUAUUAACAUCAUUUCCUGUACCCUUCUUUACUGUGAAACAAAGGAGAAGUAACUUUUAUAAAUGUUAUGUUCAUCUGGAUUGUGUUUCUUAUUUAAAUGUGUCUGUAUGUGGAUGAUAACUGUGUGUGUUUGUUUGAAAGUGUUGUGUGUUUGUAUCUGUCCAAAACCCU